AUGGUAUUAGCUAAUGGUACCAAUCUAGAAACUUCAGGAAAGAGCACUAGCAUGCCCAUGGAGCUAAGAGAUGUAAACUCUAAUCAAGAAACUUCAACUAUACCCAUAAUAAGGAAUGAAACGCCACAAACAAUUGUUUUAUUCAUAAAGAAACAGAGAGGUCGUCCACCAAAGAUUGAAAAAAGUAAAAAUGCUGUAAAUGAGAUCUAA